AUGGUCAAGAUUGCAAUCGUUGGCGGCUCUAGCAACGUUGGAUCAGAGGUCCAUGAUGCCUUAGUGGCCAGAGGAAAGCAUGAGAUCAUUCUCCUUUCAAGAAAGGAUGCACCCGUCCAAAAGCUCGCCCCGGGAGUUCAAUGGGUCAAGACAGACUAUGAGGUUGCUCAUCUGACCAAGAUUCUUGACGGCGUAGAGACGGUGCUUUCCUUCGUCUCUGGUCCAGCGGAUCCGACGAAUUCCUCUCAGAGUGACACGCAAAAGAACUUGAUUGAUGCUUGCAUCCAAGCUGGAGUUAAGCGCUUUGCUCCCAGCGAGUGGGCUACGUCCAAGUUCGAUCACUUGUUCUGGUAUUCUUUCAAGCAAGUAACUCGCGACUACCUCGCGGAGGUAAACAAGGAGAAGAAGGUUCUUGAAUACAGCCUUUUCCAGCCAGGCUUGUUCACGAACUACCUGACCUACCCGUUCAGCUCUUCCAAGCAUGUCACUCAACUGGAGACUCCAGUCGACUUCAAUCAGUGUCGCGCACUAGUGGUCGACGGAGGCGAAGAUGUUCCCCUGACCUUCACCACAGCUCAGGACCUUGCCAGAGUCGUCGCUUUGGCUGUGGAAUAUGGGGGAGAGUGGCCUCUUGUAGGUGGCAUCAAGGGUGCCGAGAUCACCAUGGAACAACUGAUCGCACUCGGUGAGAAGACCCGCGGCAAGUCAUUUGCUGUCGAGAAGUUGAAGAAGGAGGACCUUGAGGCUGGCAAAGUUACAUCUUCGUGGACGCUUGAAGUGAAGCACCCUUCAAUCCCUCCGGAAACUCGGAAGGCCGUCGCUGCCAGCCUUCUUUCUGGUAUCUUGCUCGGCUUUUCGGCCGGAUGCUUCAAGACCUCUUCUGAGUGGAACCAACUUCUGCCCGACUUCAAGUUCACUCAACCUGAGGAGUUUCUGUCUCAGGCCUGGAAGUCGAUCGAAGCUGGAGAGGACGUCGUCUUCGAUGAGUAUUGA